GUCAAUGCGUGUGGUGUGGAAUGUAUCUUGUAAAUCGGCAGGAGUGAGAGUACGCAUGGGAUUUAUCAUUUACUCACGAAACACUGCAUAAACAUAUGAGUGAAUUAUGAAACUGUGAAGUCGUGAAAGAUUGUCCCGGGUUUUGGACGUAGUGUCAUUAAUUCUUAGAGAGUGAUCGCAGGCGAAAAUAAAAAUUACUCCGUCGGUGUUUCUGUCCGCGACCUCGUGUAAACAUCGCAGCUGCCUAUUUGUGUGUCAUUGGAGAUAAUGAUUACUCAUUAUGUAAUUUGGAAUUAAGGAAAUGCUAUGGUGGAUGAGUUAAUUCCUCAAAAUCAAAGAACAGGCGGCUUUAUUCAAAAAUGACUGACACCUCUCCACCAUCAACUCUCGCCAGGAUAUUGAAUAGCGCAGUAACUUUUGUAAAAUGUAUAGCCCGGACAUUGUUUGUUCUCGUGAACAAUGUUUACUGCAUCCCAACGUAUGUUUUGUGGAUGGCAUUACUGUUUCCAGUCAAAGUAUACCAGCCUCAAAUUUACUGGCGCAUAGAAGGCCUGUUUUUCCAUUGGCUAUUAGCAAUGGUUUCCACGUGGACUUGGUCCGCUGGUUACGGCAUAAUCGAACAUGGCGAUGACAUUGAAAAAGUCAUCGAUGAGAGGACUUUGGUCAUCGCGAAUCAUCAAAGUACAGGAGAUGUUCCUAUGUUGAUGACCGUAUUCAAUGCGAAACCAACCGUUUUACCUAAUCUCAUGUGGAUUAUGGAUAGGAUCUUCAAGUAUACGAACUUCGGAAUUGUUUCCGUUUUACAUGAAGAUUUCUUCAUUGUGUCUGGUCGUAAAAAGAGAGAAGAGAGUUUACGGCAUCUGACCAAACACUUGAAGGAGUCUUACAUUCCUCGAAACAGGAAGUGGAUGGUUCUUUUCCCAGAAGGAGGUUUCUUGUGCAAGAGGCGAGAAAUUUCGCAAAACUAUGCAAAGAAAAAUAAUCUGCCAAUCCUCGAAAACGUUAGUCUGCCAAGAGUAGGAGCUAUGCAAACUAUUUUCGAUACAGUUGGCCCAACGCAAAACAAUAACUCGAACCAGCAGUUAAACAACAGAUCAAGUAUGACUGUAACUAAGCCUGAAAUUAGUUGGGUUCUUGAUAUAACGAUAGCAUAUCCUCAAGGAAAGCCUAUAGACCUACCUACUAUUAUAACUGGUUCAAGACCGCCUUGCGAUACAGUUUUGUUCUACAGAUUGUUUCCAAGUUCUGUGGUGCCACGAGAACCAGAGCUCUUAUCAAAGUGGUUACAUGAUCGCUGGGUCGAAAAGGAGAGCCUUUUAGAAAACUUUUAUAAACAUGGAUCAUUUGUUGGAACUAAUCAAACCGAAGGUUCAAAGAUCCAACAGGAUCCGUUACGAUUCCUAGUCCUUCAUUUAUUUUUCAUAACGUCUAGUUACAUUCACUACAACAUGCUCGCGUAUGUGUUUUCCUACAUUUGGUGAGAGGAUCCUAUCUUGGAUGGAGGAAAAAAAAAACUUUAGCACCCUGUCGAUAUCGGGACAGUGGAGCUCUAUGCACGAGUAAGAAAUUUCUGCCUUAUACAAUUUUCUGUUUUCUUUUUUAAAUACCUGAAAAUAAUGUUGUAUGAAAUUAUGCAAAUGCUCAUAAAAGUUUGGAAGGAGCGCGGACCAUCCUUGACUAAAGAAGGUAAUGAAAAACACGCCCAUUUAGACAAAGUAUUUCUAGAUCGCACAUUGCUAGGAAAUGAUUGAAAAUGGGGCUUGUCCCCCCGUUUCAUGUUCUCUUUCGACUGAUGGAGAACUCUGCCAUUUCAAUUCGAUGUAUCAUCGUAGACUGUGCACAAUUUUGUAGUUUAUUACUCUUACCAUCGUUUAUUUUAAUGUAGCGUUCUGAGAUUACUUUCCGUUGACGAGUCAACAACGAGUAGAUUAAUUAUGGCGGAACAUUUUUUUUUUCUUCUCCAAAAUUCCGCCAAUGUGAUUAUCAUCUCUCGAGUUUUCUGCGGUUAUCGAAGGCAGCUAGAAAUCUCGAAUGGAAUUCGUGUUUUAUUUGUAAUUUUUAAUUGAAGAAGGUAUAUCAAAGAGGCGUCCUGAAAAAUGAAUCAUAUCAGAGUAGUAUCUUUUCACUUGUUUUAGUACUUGUAUAUGCAACGUGUUGAUAAAUCCAUGAUCCAAUUGACUUUAACAUAGGGAUGUAAUCUUGGGUAAAUCGUCGAUUCCCAAUGUGAUCUGUUAUUGUCUCUAGAAGAAUGACGUUUUUAAGCCCACGUUUUUGCAAUUUCAGUGCUUUUGCACGUGACUUUUACAGCGUAAUAUAAGACUAAGGUGCAGUAAUUUUUACAAUAAAAAUUCGACGUUUUUUAACGAUUGGAAACUCCGUCCGUACAGUCUGCGCGGUUAUAGAAAACAGAAAAAAUGUAGGCUUUUAAGUGGCUUUAUAUAUGGUGUCGAAAGAGUUGUAAAAAUAUGCAACAAUCGUGCAGAUUGUAGGGAGCUGUAUUUUUUAUUGUAAAUUCGUCACAGUAGUGGGUUUACUUGGAUAGUGUAUAUCAAACAUUUUUACGAUUUAUCCUCUGAGAAUGCAAAGAGUGUGAAGUUGUGAGAAUCAAUAGUGAAGUGUGUGGAAUUUUCCGACUAUAAUAGUGAACGCGUAUUUAAAUUAAAUUUAGAACAGUUGUGCCUUGCUCACAUCGUCAGAAUUUCCGUACAGAAAAUUAUCAAUGGUGAUGAAUUUCCGAUCAACUUUUACUUAUCACUCGACUGUUUUCCGCAAAGGAGUUAUGGGUACUGUAUAAGUUCUGAAUUCAGUAGACUUGAAGCUGCCUAACUAUGAAAUAGUGAUUGCAUUCAAAUAUCUGAUCUUGAAAGUACGGAAAAAGUUUUCUUUUCUUUUUAUAUUUGUUUUUUUUAAAGAAAAGUUGUUCUCGCAAAGUAGGGUCUUUUUAGAGUAAAAAGACUUGUUAGUUUAGUAUUUAAUGUACUCUGUUAUGAAAUUCGUUUAAGAUUUAGAUUAUAUUAUUAUACAAAAGCAUGUGACAAUCUGGCCAUCCGUUCAGAGUUCUUUUGAUUAAUUACUAUGAAUACAUUUUAUUCUGAUUUCUAACUGUUUAUAACUAACAGUAUUAGCUGAAUAUUGAAUUUCAUAUACCGUUUUUAGUUGUGAAUUAUUGAAAACUUCUGAAUGGAAACGAAUCUUGCCAAAAAUUUGUUUUUAAAUCUGGAUUCUUUAAUCGAAAUUUUUAAUAAAACGCGAGACUGUGAUCGUCAAAGAGGAUCAAAGCAGAAAUGUCGAAAGUUUUCUACUGUUGCAACGACGAUUGAGAGUUACUCGCAUAGUUUGCAGUUCGGAUUUGCAUUUGUCUGCAUUUAAUUUAACGAGAGAAAUGAAGGUAUAUAUUUUAUAAAAAUCUACUUUGACAAAUCUAAUGUCGAAUCGCACUGCAGUUCGACUCAAGCUAAUCUUACGUGUGAUUUGAGCGAAUCAAAAUGUGGACCUGUGGCCACAAUUGGUGAUGGCACUCUGUGUGUCUCUUUUUUUUCUUUUUCUUUCGAUGGGCUACACAAUGAGACUGCACUUUACAAGAAUGUAAUAUCACGUAAAAGGUAUCGCUUUUUAAAAUGAUAAAACAUAACGGAGGUAUUUUUACACUUAAGCCAGCAAUUCUGAACUUUGACAUAUUACACAUUUCGAUUUAAAUUCCACGGAUCUUUCCUUUUGAUAAAGUUUUCUCCCGUUAUUUUGACUAAAACACUUACACUCUCUUGAUAAUAGUUGUUAUAACAACUAUUAUCCUAUAGGAUAAACACAAAAGUCUCGGCUAAUGAGGGAAGUGCGUAAAAUAUCGAUAUAGAGUACAACUCGGAUAAAAUUUCAAAUUUGUAUUCGUAAUUUUACUAGCUGUCAUUGUCAGAUGAAGAGUGAAAGUUGUGAGGUCGUGAAGGACGAGGAAUGACUUAGCAAAAUGGAUAAUAUGAUAGAUUGUGAUUUGGUGGAGACUUGCCGUUCUGAAAUGUUUAUCAGCAACAAGAAUCACACUGUUUUUAAGCAUAAUAAACAUACUUCUGGUCAUGCGUGGUAAAUGUAAUGUUAAGAUUAUUAAUAAUGUAAUAAUAAUUCUUGUAAAUAGAAUUCAAAGAAUAAAAGUUCAUGCGUGUA